ACACAUUGCAUGUAUCGCAGGCGAGCGGUAGACAGCAUAGAAGAGUGAAGAGUGAAUGAAACACUACGAAAAACAAGCAGCAGCAGCAGCAGCAGCACCAGCACCAGAGGCAAAUUGGAAAAAUUUAAUCCAGUACAAUAUAGUACGAAACCUGACCACCAUUUUUCUUAAUUCAAAAUGGCCGAAUAACUAAACGAAACGCAAACAUUGAUUAUUACUAUUUAUUAUUAUGUGAGUUCUGUAAACCAAACAACAAUAAAAAAAAAAGAGAACGCGUUACACAAACAAAUGUUGAACAGUAGUAAUGUAAUAAAAAUAAGGUUGAAAGCAUAAGGGAAAUCAAAGGAAAAUCCCAAGAAAAAAAAUAUAACACACAAAUAUUCUUUUAGUAUAAACGCCACUUCGAAAAAUGUGAAAGAGAUGAAAAAUUGUUGACUUUUUUCAUACGCUCGUGCUGUGUGUAUACAACAAAAAAAUGAAUGUGAAUCAAUCAAGUUUUGUGUCUAUUUUCUGCUGUCCGCUAAUGUGAUGUCAAUGAAGCAUCUCGUUUUUUUCUGUGCAUUUUGAAAAUUAGUAUGUGUUUUAUUGGGCUUGAUUCACAAAUCUAUCGAGCGAAAUAAAGAAAUUGGUCAACUGUUUUUUUUUUCGUCAAAAAGUGUGAGCGACAACAACAAGGGAGAAAAAAAAGAAGAGGAAUCAAUUUGCACACACACAAAAAAAAUCAAUGCGAUGAAUUUGAUGAAAAAUUUGUGGUGAAACAGCAAUUUCAACAAAGUGACGAAUAUCAAAGUGUUACAUCCGAAUAUUUAUCUGGCAUUAAAAGUCAUAAAAUAUCAAGAAAAAUUUCAUUUGUUUGUUUUAAUUCAACAUUCGGUUCCAUUGUUUGCCCUUUGUGUAUAUAUAUAUUUUGUUCUUGAACGAUUAAAUGCGCAUAUACCGUGUGCGAGUGGAUGUAAAUAUUUGUGGGAAAAAAAGGCAAGAAUUAAACGCGACAGUGAGAGAGAAUCGAAUCAAAUUUUUAUAUAUAUAUGCAUAUAUAAAUUGAACGUUCAUGAAUAUGCGUUCGUGUGUUCCAUCUAUAUCUCUCGCCGUGCAUAUUUAGUUUGAUUCGGUUUGAUGUUUGAAGUAGCCGUGACAAAUAUUCAACGCCACUUAUGCAAUUAUGUGUCGUGCGACGCUGAUUAUUAUUGGAAUAAUCGAGAAAUUUGCUCGCAAAGCCACUAAAUGAUCGAAUUGAAAUUAUCAACAACAAGAAAAAAAUAAAAUGGGACGUUCAAAAUUCCCAGGCAAACCGUCAAAAUUAGUGACUAAAAAGCGUGUCAGUGUUUUGAAUGGAAAUAACAUCAACAAUAGUAGCGGUGGUAGUAGUCAGAAUACAGCCACCACGAUAUCGAAUUCAUUUGGUGCAGUAGGAUGCAUCGCCAUCAACGAUUCAAACACGGACAUCGACGCCGAUGCUGAAACCCAGAACAUUGCCGUCGAACAACAAUCGAACAAUAAUAUCGAACCGGAUAGUGAUAUAGCUUUAAGAUCAACAGCCGCUAAAUGUGAUGUUGUUCAGGCAAACAAAUCGAAAGAAUCUCAGAUAAAUGAUGUGAAUGAGAAUGGUGUAUCGGAAGAUGGGUCAAGUAAAAAGCCGACGAAAAAGAAAAAAGUAUCUUUUAAAUUUGGCCUUGAGACAAGUGACGAUAUUGUGAAAAAGGAACCAAACACAACGUUCGAUCCGCCUGUAUCGAUAAUUAAGAAAGAAUGCUUAACACGUGCCAUUCAACAUGCAACCAUCCUCCAACCGUCAAAACUGGCGGGACUAACACCAAAAUUCAACACUGUUUAUGUUGAUGAAUUGACAUUCAAAUCGCAAUGGGCGAAAUCGAAGGAAACCAACAGAGAAGACUCGAAUGUGACAAGUAAUGAAGAGGAUCAGAGUGAUGCUGAGGGUGAAAAUGAUAAGCAAAAGCAGGAUACUGACAACUCUGACGAUUCAGAUAGCGAUGGGGGGUCUAGCCACAGUAAGAAUGAAGAAGGCGGCAGCACGCACAAUGUUGAUAAUGCAAAGGGAGUUGCUUUUCAAUUACCGAAACGCAGUGUACAUUCAAGCCGUGUCAUAAAACCAAACAAACGAUUUACUGACGAUUCAAAAUCGACCAGCAACAAAAAUGGUUUUGGCAAGAAGAAAGUCACCAAAUUGGAAAAUGAAAGCGAACCGCUGGAGGCAAACAAAAAAGAAGAUGAUGACAAUGUAUUGAAAAUUGCCGAUCACAUCAAGAAUAAUCCAUUUGCCAAGAUUAAUGACGAUUCGGUGUUUGGUUCGUCGUCAAAGUCGAUACUGCGGCAGUCACGCUUACAAUUUGCAUCUGUGUUACAACCAGUCUCAACAAUAACAAACACAACAAUGGUUGCUGCAACCAACGCAGAGAGUUUAUUUUCAUCGAAUUUAUCGAGUAGCAACUUGAAUAGAAAUGCCAUUCCAUUAUCAAAUAUAGUUUGUGGGGUUUGUGCUACACCAGCAGCAAUCACACAUCAGUCGCGUAAAUAUGGGAUUAGUUCCUGUGAAUCUUGCCGUAAAUUCAUAUCGAAAACGGUGAAACGUCUGUCGUUGGCAGAUGAAAAGGCACCCGUGACGGUGUUCCAUUGUAAAAAGGGCGAUGGAAAUUGUGUUAUCAGUGUACGAAGUUUUAAAGCAUCAAAAAAGAGAUGCCAGGCAUGUCUGCUGAAAAAAUGUCUUCAAUCUUAUCGGUUGCCAUCAGAAAUUCGAUCAAGAGUUCAAGCAUUGUUGCCGCCCAGCAUGCGAAACGGUGAAAUUAAAACAUUUGCAUCAACGUUCCAACUUAAGCCAGAGUGCAAUGGUGCGGAUCCGUUGUCACCGAAAUCAAGCGGGCUGAAUAAUCUCUUUGGAGGCUCACUGUCAUCGUGCCGACGAUUCGUACCGGCUUGGCCGUCAUCGUCGACGAAAGACAGCACAGAAAAUACAGAAUUCCGAUCAUUUAGUUCAUUAAGUAAUCCGCUCGCUGAAAAUAACUCGAAAUUCGGCAGUUCACCGCAAAUUGUUCCGAACAUUUUGGAGAAACCGUCGAUUAUGGCAAGCAGCUUAAAUUCAGCACUAUCUCCAAAUAGUGCGCUCAACAAAAAGACACCUGAAGUUAAAGAAACAUCGAAAUCACCGCCGACGGUAGUCGAAACGACAAACGUUUCGAAGAGCAAAACUGCGCCGGUGGCCAAUGGAGCAGCUGCUCAAGAGCAAGAGGAAACAUCUCGACUACGGCUGAGGAAGAAGGACCGCGUUGAAGCAGCAACAACGGCAGCAGCAGCCACAACGUUAACCACGACAACAACAAUCACAUCAACAUCCCCAUCAACUCUAUCCACUUUGACACCAGCGACUACUGCAACGGCGGGCGCUGAACUCGGAAAACGACAACGAAUCGAUUUGAAAGGGCCUCGAGUUAAGCAUGUAUGCCGAAGUGCAUCGAUUGUUCUGGGACAACCGAUUGCGACGUUUGGUGAUGAAAAUCAAAUUCUUGAAACAUUGGACACACCUCCACGGCCCGAAUCACCAAACGGUAUUGUCGAUUUCCAUGAUCCACCUGCAUCUAUGAUUUCCGCUCAAAAUGACAAACAGAAUGAUCAAAAUGAGUGUGCGGAUAGUACGAGACUGAGCCCACCAGCAACACCAAUCAUUAAUGAUUAUGACAGUGAGUCCACAUCGAAGGAGCAGCUAAGUGAAAAGUCACCCAGUGAGAAUGGUAAAUCGGACGAUGCGAGUGUUACAUCAGUAGAGAGUUUGAAACGAACUGAAGACAGCAAACCAAUGACACGAAAACUAACGCGACCGAACAACACAACAUCGAACAGUAUUCCUGCGAUAAACAGCAAGAAAUUGAAUUCAUUCAUUCGCAAACCAACGGUUCAAAAACCAACGAAGAAUUCACCGCCCAUGAUUUCGAUUGAUUUCUGGGAGAAUUAUGAUCCAGCCGAAGUGUGUCAAUCCGGUUUCGGUUUGAUCUUUUCGGAAGAUGUACAAAUUAAAGCGGUUUGCUUCCUGUGCGGCAGCUUAGGUCAAGAACCAUUGAUAUUUUGUGUGUGCUGCUGUGAACCGUACCAUCAGUAUUGUGUUGAGGGUGAAUACAACUUGAAGCAGCAUGUGUCACUCGACGACACGAAUGUCAGUUUACUGGAUACCAGCAUAAUUAGUGGCAUUGAUUCGAAUGCGUUAAAUUUGCCGGUGAACCGAUUGAAUUGGUUGUGUCCUCGAUGCACGACUUGCUAUUCGUGUAACAUGGCGUCUGGUUCGAAAGUCAAGUGUCAAAAGUGCCACAAAAACUAUCAUUCAACGUGUCUGGGCACCAGCAAGCGACUACUUGGAACCGAUCGACCGUUGAUCUGUGCCAGUUGUUUGAAAUGCAAGAAUUGUGGCAAAACGAACGUUUCGAAAUUCGUUGGAAAUUCGCCAAUGUGUUCGGAUUGCUUUAAACUUCGACAGAGGGGCAACUUUUGCCCGGUGUGUAAUAAAUGCUACGAAGACAACGACUUCAAUAUCAAGAUGAUGGAGUGCGGUGGUGAAUGUCGUAAAUGGGUGCAUGCAAAAUGUGAGGGUUUAACCGAUGAACAAUACAAUUUACUUAGCGUUUUACCAGAAAAUAUCGAAUUUAUCUGCAAAAAGUGUACUAGAAAGAAUCCAACGGCAUCAAUAUGGAGAGAUGAGGUAUCGCAUGUAUUCAAAGCCGGUCUAUGGAGUGUUGUGCAACAAUUAAGCAAGAGUCGUCAAGUCAAUUCUCUGUUAAAGUUGAGCCCGCGUAAGAAACCGUCAAUGUGUCGCAUUUGCGUGCUCAAAGCACAACAAAGCGAAAACCCUGAAAAUGAUUUUGAGGACAAACUCUACGAUCCAUUCGAUUUUGCAGCAUCACAAAUGCGUGAAAUGAGUUCUUUGGCGGAAAAAUGCUAUUGCAGCUCAUCACUCACACAAAAACCCGAUACAUCACAAAGUUUGAAAGAUAUCAGACAAAAAAUUCUCGCAAACAAAUACUAUUCGCUGGCCGAUUUCAAUUACGAUAUGAAUAUGGUGAUAAAUGCAAUUGCAUGUGAUGAUCUGAUGACAGCCUACAAGGAAUUUCUAAGUGAAGCAUUUCCAUGGUUCCAAAAUGAGACGAAAGCCUGCACCGACGCACUGGUCGAAGAUAUGUAUGACUCGUGUAAUUUUGAUCAUUCGUCUAUGGGAAAUGACGAAAUUGAUCAACAAGUUCCUAUGAUUGAUGUUCCCGACGAAAUUGAUGAGUAUUUCUAUCAAUCUGUGCCAUCCAGUGACACCCGAACGUGUAUGUUCUGCAAGGGAUGCGGUGAUGGUGCAUCAAUGAAUGAAUCUCGUUUACUCUAUUGUGGCCAGAAUUCCUGGGUUCACGCCAACUGUGCCAUGUGGUCAGCGGAAGUGUUUGAAGAGAUCGAUGGAUCGCUACAAAAUGUGCACGGUGCCAUUUCACGCGGUCGUAUGAUUAAAUGCAGUGAAUGCGGAAAUAAAGGUGCAACGGUUGGAUGUAAUGUUCGAAAUUGUGGCGAACAUUAUCACUUUCCGUGUGCGCGAAAUGCAAAUUGUGCAUUUAUGACUGAUAAAACGGUGUUUUGUCCGCAUCAUUUGAAAAAUAUUGAGCAGAAUGAUGGAAAAGUUGCGGUAGAAACGAAUUUUGAAGUACUUCGUCCCGUCUAUGUGGAACUAGAUCGCAAAAAACGGCGUCCAGUGUGUCCGAAGAAAGUGCAGUUUUUAAUUGGGUCGUUGCACGUGAAACAACUUGGUAGAUUUGUGAAUAUACUCUCCGAUUUUGAUGAUGCAAUUGUACCGGCUGAUUUUCUAUGCUCACGAUGGUAUUGGUCAUCGAAAGAGCCAUGGAAAAUUGUUGAAUAUACCAUUCGUACAUCGGUUCAGAGUAAUUUAAACAUUGCAACAGAUGCUGGGCGCAAUUUCACCGUCGAUCAUUCGAGCAGCUUGAACAAAGUUCAGAUUGACUUGGCGAAAAUUGCAAAAUGGCAUUCGAGUUUGUUGGGCGGCGAUGAUAACGAUAGUAUUCAACGGUCAGAACGAUUUCUAAGAUUGAUGAAUGGACACAACGAAGAAACAAAUGAAGACGAACCUCAAACCAAUGCCGAUGUCUUGCCACGUGAUAUUCAAGACGCUAUAUUUGGGGAUAUACCACCUGAUGUACUCAACGCUUUAUUGACGCUCGAUAUAUUCCCAGAGGACAUGGCAGCUACAACCGACACCAAAAAUGAAGUUGUACUGGGCGCUGAUCUGUUGCGAGACAACACCACCGACGACGACGAUGUGAGUCAAGGCAGUCAGAAUGGAUUCGACGUUGACAGUUGGGCGAGCAUUAAUAUGCAUGCGGAAGAUGCAAUGCUAUCAGCACGUCCAGCAGCCGGUCAAGUUCAUCUCAAACGUAAUAAAUCGGAUUUGUUUGCACGUAAUGCCCUUGGGAACCGUGGUCAACGCUCCUGGGGUAAUGCAUUAGAUUCGACUAUUUGCCCAAAGCGCAGAAAGCUAUUCCUUACGUUGGGUCGACGAAAGGAGGAAAUCUCAAAUAAUUACAGUGAAAUCACACGGCAGUGUUUACAAACCGAAGAGAUAAAAAAUAAAUCAUUCACAUGGACAGCAGCAAAGCGAAUUGUACAGCUGAACAAUGAGACAGAGCAACUACAACAGCGGCAGCAGCAGCAGCAGCAGCAAACGGAUAAUUCAGCAUCGAAAAACCGCUUUAAAAUUUCCCAACUGGAUGGUAUGGAUGAUAUUGCGGUUGACAUUCGACCACAAAAUGCUCCAGUGAAGUGCGAUCGAUGCCUCUGUACAUAUCGCACACAAGAAUCUUACCAACGGCAUCUGGCCACAUGUGAACCGUUUUCAUCGACGAGUGAAAGUGAUUCGGAUGCCACUUCAAAAUCACCUGAAAUUCAGCAACAGCAACAGCAGGCCAUACAAUCAAAUAUGAUUUUGACAUCAAUGAAUGGACAGGAUUAUUGUAAUAUUCCAAUUUUACAACAGAACAAUCAAAGUCAACAGAUUUUCGGCAUUAGUGGUACAAACAUCAAUCAACUGGCAAUGCAGAAUUCUGUACAAAUUCACAAUGGUCAAUCACUUCCGAUUACUUCGAUACAAAAUGGUACGUUACCUGUGCAAAUGCAAGGAAUGUUCAUCAAUCCAAAUACAGCACAACAAUCACAAAUCUUUGGGCAACCACUUACGCUCAGUGCACUUCAACAGUUUCCAAUUCAGAAUAUGGCACAAAAUGUAACAUCACAAAAUAUUCAGUAUCAGCCACAAAUUAUUACAUGCUCAACAGCAAAUACAUCACAAGUGCUAACGGUAACACCAUCACAGCAACAGAAUAUCACGACUUCAAAUUACGCUUCAAUCAAAACGAUACAAACGCAGCCACAACUCAACCGGAAUGCCAUCAUCUUGCCGCAGAUGGAUAAAAACUCACCAUCCAAAAAACAGGCGAUUGCCAAGCUUCAAAUGUCACCGACCCGAACCAAAGGACGAAUCGCUACGACAAGCGCUGCCCAAAAAACCAUCCAAAUCAAAAAGGCGAAUGUGAUCAAAACUGAAAACAAUAAAACCGUGGCGCAGAUUACAAACACGAGCGUAACGAAUAUCCGACCCACAAGUACAACUCAAAUGGACAAUAACAAUAUAAUGAUUCAGUCAACGACGAAUCCAUCUCAAUCGCAACCGAUUAUUGUGCAACAAGUGGCUCAGGCAAAUCAAGGGAAUCUGUUGCAGUAUGUGUCGGAUUCAAAUAAUGGCCUGCAAUACUUCACAAUGCCAACCAAUGAUGUUAAACCAUUGCAAACUACACAGUAUUUGACACCAAAUCCACUGAUACCGGGAACAUUUCAACUACAAAGCGAUAACAGUAACUUACUGUUGGCGAACACAGCAUCCGGAUUGCAAGUCCUUCCGAAUGGAACGUUACAAUUGACGCAACCACAACAACCUCAAGUGAUUGGAACGUUGAUUCAACCGCAAGCAACUACAAUCCAAUGUGGAAUGAUGUCAAGUGAGCAAAUGGUUUUGGGUGCAACGCCCUCAUUUGAAAUGGUCGGAAAUCCAUUGCAAGGUGGAUGUAUGCUGUUAAAUAGUCAACCAGUUUACUAUGGCUUGGAGACGAUCGUUCAGAACACAGUCAUGCAAUCGCAGCAAUUUGUUUCGACUGCAAUGCAGGGUGUACUCAGUCAAAAUUCCAGCUUCUCGGCCACAACGACGCAGGUGUUUCAGGCGAGUAAAAUUGAACCCAUCAUGGAUAUGCAACCGAGCUACGUUGUGUUGAACAAUGAUGGAACGAUAAUGACACCGCAAACGCAGCAACCGAUACUCACAACAGCCAAUUUAUUACAACAAGCCAUUCCCCAGAUACCAAAUCAAACCACACAGAUUCAACCGACUGCUAACGGAGGAUGGCGAAUUAUCGACGACAAAACGGCAACGAUGUUCGCAACAAAUCAAAACUCAACGAUUUUGCAACCCCAUAGUCAGGCAAGCGCACAACCAGUACAGGCAACUCCAACGACAACUGUAACUGUCCAACAACCCACACCAGCUCAAACACAACCCAUUUCCACAGUCACACCGCAACCAGUUAUCCAAUUGCAAAAGGUUCAGCCGCAGAAAUCGGUGGCUAAACCGCGUCAACCGAAACAAACACUCAGCUCGAAAACUGGGGUGAAACCAACGGUAAAAUCAUCACCAAUAGUUGUGCAUGGAAUUCAGACAGCGCCACAAAUGGAUGCAAAGCAAGUUGUGACUGUAACCACUAGACCAAUGGAAACCAUAGUAAAGGUUGAACUUGGCAAUCCAAAAUCACCCUUGAUCACGACAUCGUCUGGAAACGAAACGAAAAUGUCCCCGAAAAUUGCGCCACCGAUCAUAAGUGUACGUAAAUUAAACACAACAAAGCCGAUUGUUAGUGGUGGCAAGGCUGCGGCUGCCACAGUUAAAACAAAAAUCAUGACAAAAUCGCAAAAACAACUACCACCAAAUGCACAAAUCGUACAGAAACCAUUACCAAGUAUUUCAACGCCGAGUGUAUCAUUUUCAGUCACAACUCCAUUACAAACAUUUACAAUUACCACGGCCAAACCUGCAUUGCAAAAUGUAAACACCGAACUGGAUGUACUGAAGCCAAUUGUGAUUCCAAAAUCACCGUUGCCAAUCCUAAGCGCUGAACCUCCAUCAAAUGAGAAUAAUUUAUCGGCUGAUACUAAAAUAAUUGUGACCAGUUCCGUUCCAAAGAUUUGCACGUCAGUUUCAUCGCCAAUGCAGCAAAGUCCAACCAUUUCUAGCACAGAAAAUCAAUUUGGUCAGCAAUCGCCAACCAAUUUGCCAUCACCGCAAUCAAAUUUGAGCUCUUCACCUGUGAACGAAACAUCAAAAUCGCUUUCAGCACAAUUCACCACAAAUAUAAACAAUCAAACUCACAUCACUUUGCCAAUAUCGAGUAGUAUUCAGCUGCCAUCGGCUCCAUACGUAAAUGGCAUUCCAACGAAUGUAGUGAAUCCAAUCCAACAGUAUAGCCAUACGAACGUUCGUCCAACGAAUCGUGUUUUGCCAAUGCAAACUAUUCUGCCGAAAUGCUCGCCCACUGAAACUAUCGAACCGAAACCUAUCGAUAUCAAAUCGAACUUAUUGAAAAACAGCCCGAAUGGCGAACAGAAGAACGCAAAAGUUGAAGAUUUUCUACCAACCUCAAGUGGAAAUACCACGCCCGAAAUAAAGUUGAAAGACGAUCAAUUGCGAAUUGUGGACAAUGAUAUGGAGGUGGAUUCGACUGGAACUGGUGCGCUGGAAAUUGACGAAGAUCCGGUGAAUGAGUUCAAAAUUGAGAAAAUGGAUGACAGUGAUAACUCAUCCGAUAUGGAUACAUUCAAAGAUACAUUCCUACGCGGCAGUUCGGCCGAAGAGGCAUUCGACAAACUGAAAAAGGAAGAACAGGAAAAGCAAAGUGAAAACACGGUGAAAGAGAACAUUUCGAAGAUAAUUGAAAAGUUCGAAAAUGAUGAUAAGUCAAGCAUUGAAGAAGAAGACGAUAUGUUCACAUUGCCAGAGGUAGAUGUUCCUAGUGAUGAUAUCACAGCUGUGGUUUCUGAUAACACAAACGAAACCGAAGGUGAAAUGCCAACGUGUGAUGAUGUUCAAGAUCAAAAGGAGAAUUUGAAUCCGAUUACGAUGCCAACGAUUCAGAGCACGCCAGUGUUUAAAAUUCAAAAUGCACCCAAAGAAUCGAAUGCAUCAAAAGUGACCGGUCCACGAUUGUUGUACGAAAUUCAAUCUCAAGAUGGUUUCACCUACAAAUCAACAUCGAUUACGGAGAUUUGGGAGAAGCUGUUUGAAGCCGUUCAAAUUGCGCGCAAAGCACACGGAUUAUCACCAUUGCCAGUCGGUCCGUUGGCUGAUAUGUGCGGCUAUCAAAUGAUGGGAUUGAAGACAAAUGCUCUGAAGUAUUUGCUCGAGCAGUUGCCAGGUGUUGAACGUUGCUCCAAAUAUACACCAACGUACCACAAACGGGCUGAGAGUACAGUAUCGCACACAUCAUCAUCGGGAUAUUGGUCGGAUUGUGAGGAGAUCAAGGAGAAUGCCAACGGAACGGCUCGUUGUGAAAAGUAUAAAGGGCGCUCCGAAUACGAUAUGUUCAGCUGGCUUGCAUCCAGACAUCGCAAACAACCAAUCCAAAUUUGUGUGCCACAAAACGGUAUCGAAACAGAAACAUUGGUUCGUCGUGGAAGUGGCAGUAAUUUGCCAAUGGCAAUGCGUUAUCGAACGCUCAAGGACACGUACAAAGAUUCGGUUGGAGUUUAUCGUUCACAUAUUCAUGGUCGUGGUCUAUUCUGUAACAGAGACAUCGAAGCAGGUGAGAUGGUUAUUGAGUACGCAGGCGAACUAAUCCGCUCAACAUUGACCGACAAACGAGAACGAUACUAUGACGGCCGAGGCAUUGGAUGCUACAUGUUUAAAAUUGAUGAUAAUUUGGUCGUCGAUGCAACGAUGCGUGGCAACGCGGCCCGUUUCAUCAAUCAUUCGUGCGAGCCAAAUUGCUAUUCAAAAGUCGUCGAUAUUCUCGGUCACAAACACAUCAUCAUAUUUGCAUUGCGCCGCAUUGUCCAAGGUGAGGAGCUGACCUACGACUAUAAAUUUCCGUUUGAAGAAACCAAAAUUCCGUGUUCGUGUGGAUCUCGAAAAUGCCGCAAAUACCUAAACUAAAUGAAAUGGAAUGAGUAAAGCAGCAUUGAAUAUUCUCAGCACACCUCAAUUGAUCUGACUGAGUGAAAAUCGUGGUCGUUUUGGCCACUGGAUUUGGUUGACAAGAAAAAAAGAAGCAAAUCAUCUUCUUCAGUAUUCUAGAAAAUAAUUGUAAAUUUAUGUGAACAAUUUGCCUAACAAGUAUCAUCUAGUUUCCAAUAGAUUUCAUUGAAAACUGCAUGAAAUCGGACAAUGUGCAGAGCCAUUGCUCUGUCAUAAUAUGUGACAUUAACGAAAAAUGGUUUGCAACGAUAUUUUUCUAUUAAUAUUUAAAGUGAAAAACAACUGAUCGACA